AUGGACUCCCCCGCCAAAAGACGGAAAACUAGCGAAACGACAGGCAUUCCUGUAGUGCCAGAACUCCCUCCAAAUGAGUUGGGCCGGCCAAGGAGACCUUCUUAUCAAUCACCAACAAGAGCCAGUCUCGCGCGAUCGAAUCCAGAUGUAUUGGAGCGCGCGCUCAGCAGAUCACCUGCCCGACGAAUGAAAAUCAAAGGAAAUGCACAACAGGACCCUCGAAUGUUUGGAUUGCGCGAUCGAAAAGCGCUUCGACCCUCGCUCAAUGCGUCUGGCAGUCCCCUCACUAGACCAAGAGGGUCUGAAGCCCCCGAAAGUUCACCAAACAGGCGCUCCAGCGGAAUCCAGGCAUUUUCGAAACCUCCGCGCAGGAUCCCAAAAAAGAUUCUCCCAGGAGAUUUAGUGUUUGGCUCUCCAGUCCCGCCUCCAACGAAUCCCGAAGCCGAUACCCCCGAGGGUCAAUUAGCAUUGGAAUUGGGAAGCGCGACAAGAGACGCGGAUAUCGACAUGGGACCAGAUCCUGAAUUCAUGUAUGGAGAUGAUUUCGAACCCGAUCUGCCUCCUACUCCAACACAAUUGGGUCUAGAAAAAGCACCGGAUCGACCGAAAGGUUUCAGCAGCAGCCCGAGUAUGCGACUAGAGAAACGAUCCAGAAGACGAAUUACCAAUCCACUGUAUGAAAGCCCCUUGAAAGCAGUGAACUUCCAAUCAUUUCCCUCGGACGACCCAGAGGAUGAAGAGACAUCUUCAUAUCCAGGUGGAUUCUCUGUAGUUGUCCGGGACAAGCGAAGUUCACGCAACAAGCUUGCUGCCGAUUUGCGAAGUUUAAGAGAAGAAGUUGAGGAACUGGAAACAUGGGCCAAAAAGAUCGAAACCAACCCUGAUUUAAUAACUAACACAAGAGGCCUCGACAAAUUCUUGUCUUUAAUCGCAUCUGAACAGGCAAACCGCACGAAUUUACCUGUGCCUCAGACAGCUUCAAAGCCAAUAUCUUCUCUUCUUGCCACUUUACUCCCAUUUUCUGCCAACAUACCUCGCCCCAAACGUCAGGCGUCACCUUUACCAACAAACCCAUUUGCUUUGCAAGAAUCCUCACAAGCACUACCAUAUUUGACUGUUUUCGCACCCCUGAGACUCAAGACACGUACAAGCCGAUCAUCGCACAAGGAAGGGAUGUCAGAGACACACACUAUGACAUUUUGUCCCCCGUCACCUUUUCCAGCAAGUCUCUACAGCGUGACUGUUGUCUAUGAGACAAAUCCAGAGUCUCAAUGUUUGACAUCCUUGUCUGUGCCCACUGGCAGCGAGAGCAAGAAAAGAAAAAUGCCUGAAGCGCUCCGCCGGUGGAUAGAUUCCCGCUUAGAAAACCAUCUCCUAAAACUCGAUGUGGCAACGCUGUGUUGGGGCAUCAACAGGUACUGGGAAAGCGCAGUUGUGCGUGCUCGGUUGUGGGCUCACAUCGACCAUAAAUACGGACCCCGGGCCUCGCAGGGUAGAGGUGAUGUCGAGCCUGCAAGUGAGAAUGGGACCAUCACAGUUUCCGAGCUACGACGGUUGGUUCCGCAUCUCGAUCGAUGUUCAAUGGUUCUUAAACCCAAAUCCCCCGGCUCCACUCCUCGGGUCAUGUUAGCGAACAGCUUGGUGUUGGAUGAAUGGACUGGAGAACCUCAGCUACGGCCCGAGAUCGCUGUCUCGGUUCCUGGUGGAGACAAAAAAAUCGAUCAUGAGACAAAGAGGCUCUUUCAUGCGCUGCUUCGUGAAGAUGGGUCUUUGGCUCGAGGUGUUGAGGGAGGUAUUCAUGUUGAUUCGGUUUUGAGGGCGACAGAGGGUGCUCUUGCUACUUUGUUUGGUGGUCUUUGA